AUGAAGGGGACGCAUUCCCUUCACCGUGCCCUUGUCGGCGCCUUCUCCAAGGCAGCAACCGCCGGGCCAUCAAGAUCCAUCGCACGAGCUCUACCGAGCACCACCGUUUCCCGACACUCAUUCUCCAACUUGCCAAACUUCGCUGCCCCAGCAACAAGAGCACGAAUCGCCCCACCAGCCCGCCUCUUCAUCACCUCCUCUCGCUGCUCCCAAGGCCGCUACGAAGAAUACACCGAUGUACCCGAAGGCUACACCAAGCCCCAAUCCUCCCGAUCCCAAAGACCCUGGUACAAAUCCCCUGCAACACUCAUCCUCGGUUUUAUCCCCAUCUUCACCUUCGGUCUAGGAUACUGGCAAAUCAAACGACUCAAAUGGAAAGUCUCACUCAUCGAAGAGCUUGAAGACAAACUCUCUCGUGAUCCACUCCGACUCCCACGCAAUAUCAAUAUGGAUGUCCUACCCGAAUUCGACUUCCGCUUGGUCUUGGUGAAGGGAACGUUCGACCACUCGCGGACGAUGUUCGUUGGGCCUAGAGUUAGGGAUGGCGUCAUAGGAUAUCAUGUUGUGGUACCGUUUAGGAGGAGUGAAGGUGGGGGGAUGGUGCUGGUGAACAGAGGAUUUGUGGAUGAGAAGAAGAUUCUAGGACAGGGCGAGGGGAGGAGGUUGAAAGAUGAAGCGAUUGUGGACGGACAGACGGAGUUCGUGACUUUGUUGCCGAGGAUCUACCCUCCGAAUGCGUUCACGCCGAAGAAUGUGCCGGAGAAGGGGAGCUGGUUUCAUGUCAAUCCGGCACAGAUGGCGGAGUGGGUGAGUGGCAAGGCGGGGGUGGAGGCACUGGGUUUGACGGAUAAAGAGGAUCACUACACACCUAGUGCAGGGGUUGCUGAGAGUGUGAAGGGUAUGCUUAAUGGAAAGGGCGGGAGGGAGAGCGAGCGGGUGCUGCCCGUGUAUCUGGAAGAGGUGUUUGACGGCAACGUAGGCGAAGCAGCGACCAAAGUCGCCCAAGGUAUCCCCGUCGGUCGAGCUGCAACCAUCGAACUGCGCAACCAACACGCUGUCUAUGCUGCUACCUGGUUCUCACUCAGCGCAUGCACAGCAGUAAUGUUUGGCCUACUCGUUCGACGCGGUCGCGGCUGA